AUGAUCAAAGAUUUGAUCCCUAAUUUGGGGGCGGGUGGAGACCGAAUCAUCCUGGCAGUCAUCGCCCCGGGCACCAUCAUCACCAUCAUCACUGUCAUCGGAUACCUGGGCGGAUCUGAGGCUGGGAUCGAACAGGCGGCUGUAUACCUUCUUGACAUUGAACCCUUUCAGAUCUUCCAGAUUGAAAGAAGGUUGCAUCAAAAGGUCCACCCGGCGCUGAAGCUUUUUCUCUGGGACAGGAUUGCCUCCGCUUCUAGCCCAGCGUACAAGGUUGAGUAUGUUGGAAUUGUCCGCUUGGGAAUGGCUGUCAAAAUGAGUCAGCGAGAUAAAGGCAGGCUUGUACCAGAAACCUACUCAUUCUUGACGUCACCCUUAUUUGACGGCACAUCAAUGGAGCCGUUACACGAAUAUGGGUCCCAUUUUCGAAGGUAUCUGCCUCACUGA